AUGCGUCUCAGACGUCGCAGGAAAAUGAUCUCUCUCGAGACUCAGUAUUUUAAUCUGAAUAGGAUUCUUCUGCUCGCUAUUGGCGUAUGGCCCUAUAAACAAACGAACUUCACUCGACUUCAAUUCAAGUUUUUGUCUACUAUUUUAACUACAAGUCUUAUAUUUCAGUGUACUCCAUUUAUUUCAUAUAAAUGUACUUUGGAUUUCGUCGUCAAAAUUUUAUCUUCCGCAUCUAUGUUUGCUAUCGUUGUGGUAAAAUAUAAUAUGUUCUAUGCCAAUAUCGAAACUGUAAAAGGUUUACUGGAGCAGCUACAGCAUAUAUAUAAUGAGUUAAAAGACAAAAAUGAAUUUGCUAUCAUAAUCGCAUAUGGAUGCAAUGCCAAAUGUUGCACCGCUGUACUUACUAUAUGUGGUAUUUGCAGCCUAUGUGCUCUUAUAGUUUUUGAGUUAUGGUCGAGAAUCUUCGAUGUUAUAUUACCAAUGAACGUAUCUCGAUCGUAUAGCUUACCGGUUACAAUGGAAUACUUUGUCGAUCAAGAAACAUAUUUCUAUUGGAUUCUGUUACAUAUUAAUAUAUCGUUCUGCGUCGGAGCAACUGCAAUGGUGGGAAUAGGAACAACGCUUAUUGCGUAUUUUCAACAUAUGUGUGGUAUGGUUAGAAUAUCUAGUUAUCGUAUUAAACGUGCCAUGCAACUUAAUACGUUAAAAAAUAAUAAAUUUAAAAAUGAGAUUUUAAUAUUGAAAGGAUUAAUUAGUGCCGUAGAUAUUCAUCGGCAAGCUAUGAAAUUAUCCAAACUUUUAGUAUCCAAAAUUGAGAAAAUGUUGUUCAGUUUAAUACUAGUCGGAGUGGUCUCUUUGAGUCUUAAUCUUUUUCGAAUUUUUCAAAUCGCAUCAUACGGAGGUGAUAUCAAGGAAAUCUUACUUCCCUUUAUAUUUGUAACUAUUUGUAUCCUAUAUAUGUUCGUAGCCAAUUAUAUUGCGCAGGAUUUAACAGAUCAUAAUAAUGAUCUCUUUGCUAUCGUGUACGACGUUCAAUGGUAUGAAGUUCCAUUACACAUACAGAAACUGAUACUAUUUCUGCUACAAAAAGGAACAAAAAAAUUUACUGUAAGUAUCGGUGGAUUAUUUGUCGGAUCGUUGGAGUGUUUCGCCACGUUGGUGAAAACUUCGGUUUCUUAUUUUACUGUAAUAUAUUCAACGCAAUAA